CUCCACGUACAUGCACCUCGAACAACACCAAUCUUCUGGUAUUCCACUUAUCACCUGUUAUGUCUCCAAAAAUCAAAAUUGAAGAGUAUUUCCAUCUCAAAAUCCAAGCUUACAGGCUUCAACUGUCUAACCCUUCAUACUUCCUACUCUGAAAAUAUAAAGAGGAGAGAAGAACACCUACUUCAUACCAGGAAAACUCCCAUUUCCAUGGCGUCAACUUCCGCCAACCCACUGCUCUCUUCCAAUUUCUUCGGUACCCAAAUCAUAAUCUCUCCUCCAACUCCUAAAACAACAAAGCAACCUUUUAUUUUCCCUUUUCUCUCCAGAACCAAGCACCGGUUAACACAAUCCAUUCUCAAUAGGAAACCCGAUUCCCUCAAGGACAUAUCAUCACAAGCUACCUUGGCUGCUUUGCUCUUCUCUUCCAUAACCCCGCAAGCUCUAGCCCUUGACGAAGCCCCUUCAAACCCACCUACACCCCCGCCUGUAGUCGACCUCCAACCAACUAAACCCACAGCUUCUUCACCCUUCUCCCAAAAUCUUCUCCUUACAGCCCCUAAACCCCAGUCUCAAUCAUCUGAUCUCCCGGAAGGCAGCCAAUGGCGAUACAGCGAGUUUUUGAACGCGGUAAAGAAGGGCAAAGUGGAGAGAGUCAGGUUCAGCAAAGACGGUUCCGCCCUCCAGCUCACCGCAGUCGAUGGCCGCCGCGCCACCGUGAUCGUUCCCAAUGACCCUGAUCUUAUCGACAUAUUAGCCAUGAACGGGGUUGACAUUUCGGUGUCUGAGGGAGACUCCGGUAAUGGGUUGUUCAAUUUUAUUGGGAAUCUGCUUUUUCCGUUCCUUGCUUUUGCCGGUCUGUUCUUCCUCUUCCGACGAGCUCAAGGCGGGCCUGGCGGUCCCGGUGGGCUUGGCGGGCCCAUGGAUUUUGGGAGAUCGAAAUCAAAAUUUCAAGAGGUUCCAGAGACUGGAGUCACAUUCGCCGAUGUUGCUGGAGCUGACCAAGCAAAAUUAGAGUUGCAAGAAGUUGUUGAUUUCUUGAAAAACCCAGAUAAGUACACAGCUUUGGGAGCUAAAAUUCCAAAAGGAUGUCUCUUGGUUGGGCCACCAGGUACUGGUAAGACAUUAUUAGCUAGAGCAGUUGCUGGAGAAGCUGGGGUGCCCUUCUUCUCUUGUGCUGCAUCAGAGUUCGUGGAGUUGUUUGUGGGAGUUGGUGCUUCCAGAGUGAGAGAUUUGUUCGAGAAAGCCAAAUCAAAGGCACCCUGCAUUGUGUUUAUUGAUGAGAUUGAUGCAGUGGGAAGGCAGAGAGGAGCUGGUCUCGGAGGAGGGAAUGAUGAGAGAGAGCAGACUAUUAAUCAGCUCUUGACUGAGAUGGAUGGAUUCUCGGGUAAUUCUGGGGUUAUUGUGCUGGCAGCAACAAAUAGACCUGACGUUCUGGAUUCCGCACUGUUGAGACCAGGGAGGUUUGAUAGACAGGUUACUGUGGACAGGCCUGAUGUUGCUGGUAGAGUCAAGAUCCUUCAGGUGCACUCUCGAGGAAAGGCACUUGCAAAGGAUGUUGACUUCGAGAAGAUUGCAAGGAGAACUCCAGGUUUUACAGGGGCUGAUUUGCAGAAUUUGAUGAAUGAGGCAGCUAUACUUGCAGCCAGGCGUGAUCUCAAGGAAAUAAGCAAAGAUGAGAUAUCUGAUGCUCUGGAGAGAAUCAUUGCUGGACCAGAGAAGAAGAAUGCUGUUGUAUCCGAUGAGAAAAAGAAAUUAGUUGCUUAUCAUGAGGCUGGGCAUGCUCUAGUUGGGGCACUCAUGCCAGAAUAUGAUCCUGUAGCCAAGAUAUCCAUCAUUCCUCGUGGCCAAGCUGGGGGACUCACAUUUUUUGCUCCAAGUGAAGAAAGACUUGAGUCUGGCUUGUACAGUAGAAGCUACUUGGAGAAUCAGAUGGCUGUUGCACUUGGUGGAAGGGUUGCAGAAGAAGUGAUUUUCGGUGAGGAAAAUGUGACUACAGGAGCAUCAAAUGAUUUCAUGCAAGUUUCACGUGUGGCACGGCAAAUGGUAGAGAGAUUUGGAUUCAGUAAAAAGAUUGGGCAAGUUGCAAUUGGGGGACCUGGUGGAAAUCCCUUCUUGGGUCAACAGAUGUCAUCGCAGAAAGAUUACUCCAUGGCAACUGCAGAUGUGGUGGAUGCAGAAGUCAGAGAGCUGGUAGAGAAGGCAUAUUCAAGAGCCAAGCAGAUCGUCACAACCCACAUUGACAUUCUGCACAAGCUUGCACAACUUCUAAUAGAGAAAGAAACUGUUGAUGGAGAAGAGUUUAUGAGCCUCUUCAUUGAUGGAAAAGCUGAGUUAUAUGUGGCUUGAUUGUAUCAAAUGAUAUUACUGUAAGAUAAGCUAAAAAUACACAUACACAUUGAGAAUCAAUUGAUUGCCUUUUUUCUUUUUCAACAAAGAAAUACUUCUCAAGUGCUCGGUUUUUGCCACUGCUAGGCUUAGAUUAUAAGUGUAAAAGUAUAUUUUGACCAAAUAAAGGUAGUUUCAUUAUAAAAUUCUCCGGGAGAGAGACGGCA